AUGGCGAACAACAGUGCACACCAUUUACUACAUACUUGGUUAAACUUCAGUGACUACGAUUUUUGGGUUCUUGAAAUAUUUCUCAACGUUGGAUUAGGCUUAUCUUUGGGUGUCCUUGGAGUUGUGGUCAACAUUUUAAACCUGCUGGUCUUGUCACGACACAACCUGAAGGAAACCACCAACAUAAUGUUGCUGUCUCUGUCUUCACUGGAUCUCUUUUAUUCUUUCACGUCGAUUUUCUUACGCUUAUCUAGUCUGAUUACACUUAUUGAUCCCGAUUUUGCGAACACUUACUACACUUUUGUACAGGUAGUACUUCUUAUGCCUAACGCUGUGAGCUUCGUCAUCGCUAUUUUCAAUGUCACAGCUAUAGGAAUUGAAAGAGCCAUCGCCGUGUUAUUUCCCUUUCACGUAUCUCGUAUAUUCACACCCUACAGAGCCAAGUGGAUGCUGCUAGGUUUAUACCUGUUUGGAUCUGUCCCUGUUUGUCCGUACUACUACCGUUUAACUUACAGAUGGGAGUUUGUUCCAAGCUUAAACAAAUCUAUUGCUGGAUUGACGUUUACAGAUUUUUUUUCUAAAUAA